GAAUUUAUUGAAAUUGAUUAAAACAAGCCACAAGCAGAAAUAACUUAAAUAUAAAUAAUUGAGGUAUAAUUCGCUGUGCGUUAUAAGUGUGCACAAAUGUGUUUUUUAGACUAUUUAUGAUGAUUGAUGAUAGCAGAUUAUAUUAUUAGGUCAAAUAAUUUAAAAAGAUUUUGAAACUAUGGUUAAUAAUAUUGAAAGUGAUAAACUGUUUCGACUGCUCGACAACGAGACAACAGAGGAAUGGAGUGACGAAAUGUGUAUUCGAAUAUCAUUAGAAGAUGAUUUUCCGGCCAUAGUUAAAGAUACAACUAUUCAGAAAGUUAUCAUAAAUAGAUUCCUCAAUUUUUAUUUAUCUGGCAAAGUUCAAAAAGGCUUAAAUGCUAGGGACAUUAUUUUUGCAGUUAUUGCAAUAAUACCGUAUUCAUUAGGUACAGAAGACGUAAUUUGGCAUAAAAAUCAUUACAGUGAUAACGGAAAUCUAUUCUUUUUGACACCGGAAGACAAAUUAAAGAUGGAAAUAAAAAAUAUUCUUACUCAACAACAGAAACCAAAAGAUGAUCAGCUUGAAAGAAAUAACAAUAUACAGAACAAUGAAACAAAAACAUCAGAGAGCAGUUCUAUCAAUGACUUUAAUAAGGAAAACGAAAAAUGUAGUGAUUGUGAUACGUCUGGUACACAUGUCCAAGAAAAUGAUAUAGUUGAUGACAAAAAAUCGACAGUAAAUGAAAAUAAUGACACGAAUGAAAAUACAAGUGAUGAUAUUGAGUCGUCACCACUUAAAACCUUGGUGUGGUUUAGGAAAAAAGCUGUUAACAGACAGCCAAUUUGUAUUGAAAAUAUUGAAUAUGGCGCAGCGGAGAAUGCUGCCUUUUGCAUAUCUUGUAAUAAACUUCUCGACCAAUGGGAUGAUGUAGCUGCAAGAAUAUACUUAAAAUAUUUCUUUGGUUUUGCUGCCUUAAGUCUAAUGAGAACGGUCGCAAAGUCGUAUCAACAUGUCAUCAAAAUGUUUCUCAAUACAUUCCCUAGAACUGUCGCAUUUAGCACGGAUCGUAUUAACUAUUCUCCUCCGAGUAACGCUUGCGUGACAAAAAGUUUUAAAACUUUUAGACGACUUGAGCGCAAAACGCAAAUAAUGUUUGCAAAAUUAGUUAUAAACUCAUUUAUGCUUAACUACAGGGCCAGAAAUGAAACCCAUCUUUCUGAGCUAUCUAACACCGGUGGUGUCACAAAUAUGCUUAGAGUUACUGUAUUGUCUCAUUUAUCUUAUUAUGGAAUGGAAAUUAUAAAUAUGCUACAAGAAAUCGCUUCUAGAACAUCUUGUUUCAGUACGGUAUUUGAAUCGUUAUGUACAACGGAGACAGCGUCUUCGUGGAAUAAAGUUAAUGAUUUCUUUAAAAAGUAUAUGUUCGAGUCAGCACGCCAACGCACUUUUCACUGGGCACGAGUUAUUGACAGGAAACAGUUUAAAUAUCUCUCAUGUGAAAACAAUUACGAGUUAGCAGUUGUAAUUGCAGUUUUUGUCGAGAAACUUACUUCGAAUGGGGGGAUAUGGAAUGCGCGAUGGGUGAAAUCUGGAAACAAUUUAGAAACAUAUAAGGAACUUGGACGUAAAAUGUAUGAAGACUUUCUUUCUGUAAGAAAUCUUUCAUAUUCCUUAUUAGAUUGUGAGGAAAUUCUGAACGAGUUGAAAUAUAUUCUUAAAUAAUCGCAUUUCAUACAGUAUAUUGAUUAUAUAUAAUAUAGGACUGCCUCGUUGGUCUAAUGGUUAGAUGUAAGGCCGCAGACCCGGAGGUUUUGUGUUAAAUUCCAGGUCGGGUCAAAAAAAAAAGUUAUUGGGUUUUUCUAACACAAAACAUAAGCUACAACUAAAUUUAUAAACGAAUAUGAUUAUUUAAAUAUAUUAAUCGUUGGUUACUGAAAGAUAACUCUGAUCAAAGUCAGAUUUACCGAUCGGACUAAAUGUAGACCGCUCAUUCGUCGCAUAUCGACCGACCAAUCAAAUUAUUAAAGAAUCUAGAUAAUGUGCUAGUUCACAAUGUUGGACAUCCGUAAGCUUAGGACAAUAUUUACUUAAGCUUAUUAAUUACAAUAUUUAAAUUACGUUUACUUAUAACCAUUCAAAUUCUAAUUAUUUAAAGUAACUGAUCAAUGUAAAGCGGAGGUAAA